CCCGGGACCAUGCUCCGGGGGCCUCCCGGGGAGCCUCACCGGGCCGACAGUGGGCCACGACGAGGUCCCCGGGCCGUGGCCCCUCCCGGCAUCCCAGCCCGCGGCCCGCGCUCUACCUCGCGUCCCGGCGCCUCGUGAGCCUGCGGGACCAUGGAGCGCGCGCCGCCCGACGGGCUGCUGAACGCGUCGGGGGCGCUGGCAGGCGAGGCGGCGGCGGGCGGGGCGCGCGGCUUCUCCGCCGCCUGGACCGCCGUGCUGGCCGCGCUCAUGGCGCUGCUCAUCGUGGCCACGGUGCUGGGCAACGCGCUGGUCAUGCUCGCCUUCGUAGCCGACUCGAGCCUCCGCACCCAGAACAACUUCUUUCUUCUCAACCUCGCCAUCUCCGACUUCCUCGUGGGUGCCUUCUGCAUCCCGCUGUAUGUGCCCUAUGUGCUGACCGGCCGCUGGACCUUCGGCCGGGGCCUCUGCAAGCUGUGGCUGGUGGUGGACUACCUGCUGUGCACCUCGUCAGUCUUCAACAUCGUGCUAAUCAGCUACGACCGCUUCCUGUCCGUCACCCGAGCUGUCUCCUACCGGGCCCAGCAGGGUGACACGCGGCGGGCGGUGCGCAAGAUGGCGCUGGUGUGGGUGCUGGCCUUCCUGCUGUACGGGCCGGCCAUCCUGAGCUGGGAGUACGUGUCCGGCGGCAGCUCCAUCCCUGAGGGCCACUGCUAUGCCGAGUUCUUCUACAACUGGUACUUCCUUAUCACGGCCUCCACCCUCGAGUUCUUCACCCCCUUCCUCAGCGUCACCUUCUUCAACCUCAGCAUCUACCUGAACAUCCAGCGGCGCACGCGCCUGCGCCGCGACGGCGCCGCCCCGGAGCCCCCGCCCGAGGCCCAGCCUUCGCCGCCGCCGCCCGGCUGCUGGGGCUGCUGGCCCAGGGGCCACGGGGAGGCAGUGCCGCUGCACAGGUGCGGCGUGGGGGAGGCGGCCCCGGGCCCCGAGGCCGGCGAGGGGGCGCUCGGGGGCGGCGCAGCGGCCUCGCCCACCUCCAGCUCGGGCAGCUCCUCGCGCGGGGGCGGGGAGCGGCCGCGCUCGCUCAAGCGGGGCUCCAAGCCGUCGGCCUCCUCGGCGUCCCUGGAGAAGCGCAUGAAGAUGGUCUCGCAGGGCAUCAGCCAGCGUUUCCGGCUGUCGCGGGACAAGAAGGUGGCCAAGUCCCUGGCCGUGAUCGUGAGCAUCUUCGGGCUCUGCUGGGCGCCCUACACUCUGUUGAUGAUCAUUCGGGCGGCCUGCCACGGUCACUGCGUCCCCGACUUCUGGUACGAGACGUCGUUCUGGUUGCUGUGGGCCAACUCUGCAGUCAACCCAGUGCUCUACCCGCUGUGCCACUACAGCUUCCGUCGCGCCUUCACCAAGCUGCUGUGCCCACAGCGGCUCAAGUUCCAGCCUCAUGGCUCGCUGGAGCAGUGCUGGAAGUGAGCUGGCCACCUGCUCCCGCACCAUCAUGCCUCGUCCCUGGUCACCACCAGGGCCACCACGACCCUGGGACACCAUCCACCCUGCUGGGCUCCCCAUGCGACGAUGGCUGCCGAGGGGCCAGGGCCUGCCCCGUGCACCUGGCUGGUUCCCCUUCCCCUGAGACCAUGCCUGGAGCGGGCCACGGCCCCCACCUGGCGUCUCCCAUCUCCCCAGGCCACCCCUGCCUCGGCUGCCUCCUGUCUCUUGCCCCAGCCUAGGGCCUGGUGCCCCAUCCCUGUCCCUCUCUCCAUCCCCCACCCAAAGUGUCCAGUGGCCCCGGGACCAUCCUGUUGGUGUUUGGAUGGGUGUCUCCAGGAAGCGGGAGAAGAAAAUGUGUCUGUGAACUUGAUGUUCCUUGGAUGUUUAAUCAAGAGAGACAAAAUUGUUAAGGAGCUCAGGGCUGGAUUGGCAGGUGUGGGCUCCCACGCCCUCCUCCCUCCCUCCCUUUGCCUCGCGCUUCUGGCUGAGCUGUGCCAGCUGCUGCUGCCCGCCACACCCCUGCUAAGGAACAGAGCAGGGCACCUGCCCCACCGCUCAGCCCGGCUGUGCCUUGGGGGGGAUGGGCCCCCGGAGGGGCUGCUUCGCAAUGUCCUGUGGUUUGGAGGUGAGCACU